CCCAAAUUCAAAACCCUCGUCUCAGGAAAUCUCCAAAUCUUCUUCUCCCAAUUUAGGGUUUUGGUGUUUGCUUCUGCGAUCAAUUACAAUCACCAGGGUUGGCGUUUCCUCUGCCCAAACUUGAUGGCUGUCAAUGAGGAUCCAGCAGAAGGUUCUAUACCUUCCAUUAGUCUCGAGUCUCUUGUAUCUACCCAGAACGGUGAUGCUUUUUCCACUGAAGACAUUGCUUGGGCUGAUUCAUGCCUGGUCAAAGACCCCGAUAUUUCAGCUGGUGACUGGAGCUCUAUCAACGAUGCAUUACUACAAGUGCUUAGUCUCGCACCCAAAUCACAGGGCUCCUUGUCCGGAGCCAUGAACGAUAAUGGUUGUGUUGGGGGAACUGAUGAUUUUGAGAUGCUUCCUCCUGAUGACGCUGUGGUAAUUGAGCAGCCUUCUCCAAGCAGUGAUGAUCAUUAUCGCGUGACAAUUGGUGAUGAACCAAACCUGAACAUCGACACUAUGCUAUCAAAGGAGGAAAUGGAUGUCUUGUGCUCCCUGCAGUUUCUGGGUCAAGAUCCUAAGACUUUCAAUGGCAAUUGGAAUUCUAUGAUGGAGUACGUGGAUCGAAUACUCUCAUUGCGACCUGAAGGGAGUGGUAGCAUGAUGACACUUCUUCGUGAUGUUGAGGAUGCACAACCUUCUGCUGGAGUAAAUCGAGUCGAUGAAGAAACAAAAAUGAAGCCGCAACAUGUUGACAGUGAUACAUCAGGAAGUUUCCAGUUGGGCACCUUGCUGUCGACUUAUGAGCGCGAUAACCCUAAAGAAACUGAUCAGAGUGAUUUACUACCAGUUGAUACAGCCAGUUCAGCAGAAGAUGCCGGAGUUACAAGUAGUGAGAUCUUUAAGCUCUGGGAUUUGGGAAUUCAUUCCGAGGAAGAGGAGGAGGAUGACGAGUUAAAACUGAACAGGGCGCUCGCUGAUAGUUCGAUUCAGUCGAUUGCACCGGUAGUUGAUGAUCCAGAGGCAACGCGAGAUUUGAAAGAAGGCGCACUUGAUUAUUUGAUCGCUGGCAUUGGAGACCUAUCCAUACAUCGGCAUUCUGGCUAGCUUUUGUCAGUCGAAAAGACGCAUUCCUCACACGAGUUAGUAUAUAGCUCUCCACUCCCAUUUCUAGUUUAGUUUAGAGUUUGUUAGUAUAUAGCUCUCCACUGCCAUUUCUAGUUUAAGUUAGAGUUUGUUUGUUGUGCCGAAAACGAACAAUGUAGCUCGAGACUUGAGCACGUAGAAUCCUUUCAACACGAUAGAAUGAAAAAUUAACAACAGAGCCACAGAAUGCUGCAUGCCUAUAUUCUAUGUUAGUCCCUGCUGCAAGAGAUGGAAUGUGGAAGUGGAACCCACAAGUCUAGGUGUCAGAACACCGUCCGUCGACGCGCGCGACGGCCAUAACCAGAAGCAAACUGAUCGUCAGUUCAUCAUUCACCACAAUCUGCAGAACUAAACCAGAACCAUUUGUUAACCAUGAAAAAGCAGAGACGAAACCAAAACCACAGAAGUAAAG